AUGGCGGAGGCAGCGGUCUUAGGGAUGAUUCGAGAUCUCGAGAGUAUGGAUGUUACGCGUGCAGAUACGUUCGCGAGUGUCAUCAAAUUGAGAAACAUUGAAUUGCUGAAAGAGAUAUUGGAUUUCUUAAGAGACUUGAAAAGGGAAGAGAGGCUAAAAUAUUUCAUUGCUGGCUUGGUCGAUUUGGCUAAAGAUGCCACGGGCGUGGAAAUUUUUGAUUACCGUUAUUGUCCCCCGUUUAAGAGCAUCAAAGACGAGAUCGAGAUGACAAAGAUGCGGAUGACAAACUUUGGAGCGGAUGAGAAAAAUGUUGGAGACGAAGAAGAAGCAGAAGAAAAGGAGGAAGUUGUGGUGGGGUUGGAGAAAGACGUGAAGAAGUUGCUUGACAGAGCGAUUUUUAAAAAAUCUAAUAAGUUAGAGAUUUAUUCUAUAAAAGGCAUGACUGGUAUCGGGAAGACAACUCUGGCCAGACAACUGUACAAGGCUGGGGCUGGCCAGUUCCAGCGUCGUGCCUGGGUAUCCAUUUCUAGUGGCACGAGUAACAAAGAGAUACUUAUGAAACUGAUACAACAAAUGGUGGAGGGAUAUGAAGGAGAUCCGUCAUUGGAAGAAAUGGACAACCGGAGUCUCCAACGGAUCCUUCGCCAAAACUUGCAAGGAUUGUCAUAUUUCGUAGUUCUCGACAAAAUCCCGGAAGAAAUGUGUGUGAGGUCCAUCUUUAAUGUUUUUCCAUCUCAAGGCCUUACUGGAAGCAGGUUGCUGUUAACAAGUCGCUAUGAUAUUACAACAACCAAGGUUGAAUAUACUCAUGAGAUGAAAGCUUUGAAUUCUGAUAAGAGUUGGCAAUUGUUUUCGAAAACAAUUAACAAAUAUACGAGUAAUGAGAAUAAAUUCUCAAAGGAGUUGGAGAAGAAGGGCAAAGAGAUGCUUAAGAAAUGUGGAGGUUUGCCGAUGGCUAUAAUAGAUGUUGCAAGGCAGAAAGCAAAACAAAGACUUUCAGGGAUUGAUUGGGAAGAGCUUUUUGAUUCAAUUGAUUUGUGUGAAUCAUUGAAGUUAUUGGAACCGAUGUAUCAUCAAUUGGAAGAACGUAUCAAGCCACAUUUUUUGUAUUUGUCCAUUUUUAAGGAAAAUGCAAUAAUCAGAGAAGAAAAGUUGGAACAGAUUUGGGCUGCAAAUGGAUUAGAUUUUGAACAAGUUACAGAGGAUUUUGCUAAUAGAUCGAUUCUUGAAGUCGUGAAGCUGCACUUUGAGAGAAGAAAGUGUCGUCUCAAUCCUCUAUUACUCAUGAUAUCAAUUAAGAAAGCUGAAGAGGAAAUGGGCUUUGAGAUCUUAAGGAUCAAUGGAAACAAUGGGCCCUCUCAGAAUGUUCGUCAUCGUGUUAUCCAUUGUGGCAGAGACAAGCUUAAUCAUUUAACGAAUGAAGAUAGCAAACAACUUAUUUCUCUCAUCUUCCAUGGAGGUGGUGGCUACUUGGACGACACUAGCUCGUCUUAA